CAUAUUAUAUGCUUUUAAAUUAAACCUGAGUUCAGUUAUUAUGUACAUUGUGUAAUAGUAAUAUGUUUUAAAAAAUAAUAUUUCGUUAUUUUAAGUCUCAGUAAGAUGAUAUAAUAAUAUGGGAAUUAUGUUAUUGAUUAUAUAAAUAUGAAGUUUUUAAUAUUAUUCAUUUUUAAUAUUUUCACAAUCACAAUAUCUAAUCACAUCAAAUUCAUUCCAAAAUUAUGCAAAGCAGGUGAUCCAUUUACUGUGAAUCGUGAAAAACCAACAAUUAAUGGUGUCCUCUCAGCACUAGUGAAUAUAAAUAAAAAAUGCUUAAAUAAUUAUUCGUUAUUAAAAGUUAAGAGAAACGGUGGCAUUGUGGAUUUGGAAAUUUGUUAUGAUGAGUUAUUAUUAAAAACAAUAUACGUAAAAUUUGAAAUCGAUGGAAUCUCUCUUAAGCAGUUUGAUAGUGUGAUUAUACCACCACUUGUGACACAGAAUAUACAUUUGUAUCCUGAAAAUAUAGAAUGUUUUUUUACAAAAGAACAUCAAGCAGCUCUAUUUAAAUAUAUAUAUAACAAUGAAGAUGCGAUUACUGAUUCAUCAUUUUUAACUGAAGGAUAUUUAGCUAGCAAUUCCGAUUUUUCUGAAAAUUAUAAGCAACUGGGAACGUUUUUUUAUGCUAACAUAACACCCCAAUGGAAAUCCAUUAAUCAACACGCGUGGGCACUUAUUGAAUCUGCUAUUAGAUCGUAUGCUAUAUAUACGGGCAGGACACUGGAAGCGUACGCGGGCACGCACGGACAGGCGCUGGCGGGCGGACAGCCGCUGUUCUUGACGGACGACGGUCGGCUGCCGGUGGCCGCGUGGCUCUGGAAAGCCGUCGUCGACCGGUCCGCCGGCGCCGGAAUCGCUUUCGUCUGCUCCAACGACGAACCGUUCCAGGAGGAGGGGACGGCCGCGGCCCGUCCACCGUGCGGCGGCCCGGAAGUGUGCGUGGACGGCCACUGGGACGGCGUCGCGACGGCCGGCAAGUCGUUUUGCUGUACGCUGCGACAGCUCGCGGAAACGUUUCCGGAGGCGGCGGCGGCCUUGGCGGGCGUCGGCGCCGACGUGAGAUUGUUGAAAAAACCGCCACCGCCACAGCCGCCGCCGCCGACGUCUGCCGAGAGCGUGACGGCGGCGGACGACGACGACGACUACUACGAGGACGACGUCGACGUCGACGAAGAAGCGGCUAAGGACGAUUGACGGAUUGUUUCGAAUCUGCCGCGGCAUCAUCGAUAAACGAUUACGGAUAUAUACAUUAAAAUAUGUUUUACACGCGGUUGAAACGGCCGUACGCGUUUUCCCCGUUUUAUGUAUAUUUGUAUUUUUGGACGUUGAAUAGACGGUUUGUUUUUUGUUCA